AGUUUCAAAUGUGUUCUAUUUUUUCUUGAACAUCAAGUCAAAAUGUCACGUAAAGUGGAAGGGAAUGAGUGUAUAUUUUAUAGUUGUCAUAUUAUCCUUUCAGUUAAACUCAUAAUCGCAACAAGCAAAUGCUUUAUCACAAGUAAAAUAUCCCCACACUCUCCAAUGGCCCUUCAACUGCCAUUCCCACUCCCCUUGUUAUCUUCUUCCCACUGCAAAAUUUGCUCAAUUCCCUUUACUCAUCAACCCCUUUUAUCUCCUUCGAAUGUACAAAAUUCUCGAUUUCAAAGUAGUAGUAAAAGCAGAGGAAGAAGCAAUUCUUUGUUGGGGCCUCUAUUUGUGAAUAAAGAAGACACCCAAUUGACUAAUGAUGAAGAAAAUGGCAUUUCCACUGUUACACAAGAAAAUGAUGAUGACCCUGAUCCUGAAUCACUUGAAUAUGUUUCUCAAAUUAAACGAGCUUUGGAGCUUCUCAAGAGGAAUCGGGAUAUGUUGUUUGGUGAGGUUAAGUUGACUAUAAUGAUUGAAGACCCUAGGGAUGUUGAGCGAAGGCGGCUUCUUGGCAUUGACGAUGAAAAUGCUCCAACAAGGGAUGACUUAGCUGCCUGUUUAGAAGAAAUAAAUGACGGAAAAGUACCAAAAGAUAGGGUUGCUCUGCAGAUGCUUGCGGAAGAGAUGAAUUCAUGGCCUAAUUUGGAGGCUGAAGCCACAAAGCAAAAUAAGAGCAGAUCCCUCUAUGCAAAAGCCACGGACACUGGUAUUGAUCCAAUAGAGGCUGCUAAGAGGCUCAAGAUUGACUGGGAUUCAGCAGCUGAGAUUGAGGAGGCAGCUGAUAGUGACGAGCCAGAUGUUCCUCCAGCUCUGGGAUAUGGAGCUUUAUACUUGGUCUCUGCAUUUCCAGUCAUAAUUGGCAUCUCUGUUGUGUUGAUUCUGUUCUAUAAUUCUCUACAGUGAUACAGCUUUUGGCAUUUUUGCAGGGUCGAUAAAAAUGUCAGUAUACAUCGAUGUCCUUCGAAUCAUAACAAUAGUGGAACUAGAAUUUUGCCUAAAAACAUUUAUGUUUGUAUCAGUCUUUAUAUAGAGUAAUGAGCAUGUAUUGAGUAAAUUCUCCCCUCUCCAGGCACCAAAUUAAUUCUUCACAUACUUUGUGAACGUCUAUAUUUUAGCUAUGAAAGUGAAUCAGUUAGAUCUCUUUCGUAAAUCA